UGUCACUCUGGUCCCUCCCAUUCCUGCAGCCCUCCAGUGUUGCUGGCCUGAGAUGGGAGCGCACGCAGCAGCACCAUCACGGCCGAAGAAACGGGAUAAACCUGGGAAAGAACCUAAAAAAACAACAAUACAACGUACAUGCCGUGGAAAAAAUGGGACAACGAAACAAUUCAUUUACUUACAUCGGAUCCCACCAGUUUGAUCGCGUCCUCUGAGAAACUCAGAUGUUGUCGUCGUGUUUUGCGCUUUUUGUCCAUUCUCCUUGAGCGCUGAUGGUACAAAGGCGCUUGGUCCGGAGCUGCAGCAGCACCUGGGAUUACUGGCAUAUGAAUGGGCGAGAGUGAACGGACCUGCUAUCGCUGACAAACCCGGAUUGGUAGACACAGACAGUGAGUAAAUCUAGCAGGAUUAAAACACUUAAUUCUUUUCAUUUUUCUCCCUGGGAGCCAGAUCACCCGUGUCACCCGGCGAAGACAGAUGCUGUCAUUGUGUCGUGGCUGAGAUUUUUUUACUAAGAUUUCUUCUUCUGAAAGUGGCGUUUUGUGGAAUAAUGCAUGAGAAGGACAAGCUCUAUUACAGCUUUUUAUCCCUUUUUAUGCCUCACACAUUCCCAGCUAUUCCUCUGACUGAAGAGCCGGUUUCUCUUGUUCAGAAUGGGAUGCAUUGUUGCAUCUGCGCAACCCACGGCAAGUGUCAGCAAUUAGACUGUGUGUUUCUGAACGGGUUACCUAAAGGCCUGUUAUAAACACUGUCAGCGCUUUCUAACUGUAGGUGGCCAUUGUUGUCGAUAAGGAUUCUGUGGCGAUCUGGACUAAAAAAAGGACAAGCGGUGCGCCCUUGGCAUCAUUCACCUAGUGUGUUUGAACCAGGGUCGGUCACAGAAAUAAAGUAGGAAGCAUAUUAUGGUGGAGCCGGUGGGUUUCAUCGAAGCGUGGAAGGCGCAAUUCCCGGAGUCGGAGCCCCCCAAGAUGGAGCUGCGGUCUGUCGGCGGUAUCGAGCAGGAGCUGGAGAAGUGCAAAGCGUCCAUCAGGCGCCUGGAGCAAGAGGUGAACAAGGAGCGCUUCCGCAUGAUCUACCUGCAGACCCUCCUGGCCAAGGAGAGGAAGAGCUAUGACAAGCAGCGGUGGGGCUUCAGGAAGACGCCGCUGAACGAGGGGGUGGACUCGGCCACACAGGGCGCGGAGUCCCAGUCCCAGCAGCCUCACAUGCAGGAGACUGGUGGAGUUGGAGUAGUAGUAGGAGGAGGGUAUGGUGGUUGUAGUGGUGGAGUUGGUGAUAGGAGCCGUUAUCAGCCUCUUGGAGAUGGAGCUGGCAGGUCCAAACCCAGGCCUCCACCAGCCAGGAAGUCGGCCUCCCACGGUGACGGCCUGGAGUCAGCCUUUGAGGUACCCCAGCAGGCUGAGUCAACAUCCUGCGACAACCUAGAUGGCCUCUCUCCGUCCAAGCAGAGGGGCGGCAUCUCCGUCUCCCCCCGCAGGCCCAACCUUCCGCCCCCAGACAAGGACCUGCCUUCUGACCCCAAGGACAAGCUGGGGAUGGGACUUGGCGUGGCAGCUCUAAGGUCCAACUUUGAGAGGAUCAAACGGGCCAACUCUCACUCAGCGGGUGAUGUAGCGAAGGGCCAGGAGAAGCAACUGCCGCCGCCACCACCGCCAUUCUACUCCAACAUGGAAUUCCACCACGAGCGGGGUCUGGUCAGGGUCAACGACCGUGACGUCUCCGACAAGAUCAGCACCCUGGGCAGCCAGGCCAUGCAGAUGGAGCGAAAGCGAUCCCUUCACUCCCUCCCAGGUAACCUGGCAACGGUGGCAGGGGAGCUCCGUGCAAGGCCAGUGUAUAGAGGCCGGUCCACUGAGAGCACCUGCGGCUACGAUGCAGAAUAUGAAGACGGGGAACCCAACCAGCGACAUUCAGGGAGGGCCAAUGGUGGCAAACCUCCACCCCCUCCUUGGCAGCCCUCUGAAUUCCAGGCCUACUCCAGUGUCUAUGUUGGUGGGGUGAUGAUGGGUGAAGGUGGCGGUGGAGAUGGUAGAGGUGGCGGUGGCGGUGGUAGUGGAGUCACAAUGAGGGACGUUGGGGGAGGUGAUGACCACCUCCUGACCUGGCCACGGCGUUCCUACUCCCCAGGAAGCUUUGAGGACGUUGGUGGAGGCGGCGGCUACACACCGGACUGCAGCUCCAACGAGAACCUUACGUCCAGCGAGGAGGACUUCUCCUCUGGCCAGUCCAGCCACGUCUCACCCAGUCCCACCACGGCCUUCCGCCGGCCCUUUAGAGAGAAGAGCCGCUCGCCGUCCCAAAACUCCCAGAACUCCCAGCACUCUUUUGACAGCAGCAGCCCUCCGACACCACAGUCCCAGAAGCGUCACCACCGGCAGCAGGGAGGCCACGUGGUCAUGUCAGAAGCCACUAUUGUGAGCGUUCGCAAGACCGGUCAAAUCUGGCCACCUGCUGCCCAUCAUGACCUUAUGCCCCAUGGUAGAACAUCCCACGACAACAGUUUCCAUGGAGACCACCUAGAUGGUCAUUUCACCGGGACCCCUCCUUCAUACGGCUACGAUGCAGACCGCGCAGAGGAGCAACGGAGGCACCACGACAUCCUGCCGUACAUUGAUGACUCGCCGUCGUCUUCGCCACACCUCAGCUCCAAGAGCCGCAGCAGUCGGGACACCCUCUCCUCUGGAUCGUUAGAGUCCUCCAAGUCGACUGAAUGUGAUCUGGAAAAAGGUUUGGAGAUGAGGAAGUGGGUCCUCUCUGGGAUCUUGGCCACCGAGGAAACAUACCUCAGUCACCUGGAGGCACUGCUGCUGCCUAUGAAGCCUCUGAAAGCUGCCGCUACGACGUCGCAGCCUGUGCUCACUGUGGCCCAGAUAGAAACGAUCUUCUUCAAAGUGCCUGAGCUCUAUGAGAUCCACAGGGAGUUCUACGACGGACUUUUGCCCCGCGUCCAGCAGUGGAGCCACCACCAGAGAGUCGGGGACCUCUUCCAGAAACUGGCCAGCCAGCUAGGAGUUUACAGAGCAUUUGUGGACAACUAUGAGCUGGCUGUGGAGACGGCAGAGAAGUGCUGCCAGGCUAACACACAGUUUGCUGAAAUCUCUGAGAACCUGAAGGUGAGGAGCCCCAAGGACUCGAAGGACCAGACGGCCAAGAACUCUCUAGAGGCUUUGCUAUAUAAACCAGUGGACAGAGUGACUCGCAGCACAUUGGUGCUUCAUGACUUGCUCAAACACACACCCACCAGCCACCCGGACCACCCGCUUCUGCAGGACGCCUUGCGGAUCUCCCAGAACUUCCUGUCCAGCAUCAAUGAGGAGACGACUCCCCGACGCCAGUCUAUGACUGUCAAGAAGGGAGAGAGCCGCCAGCUUCUGAGGGACAGCUUCAUGGUGGAGUUGGUGGAGGGAGCCAGGAAGCUGCGGCAUGUCUUCCUCUUCACUGAUCUGCUGCUCUGCGCCAAGCUGAAGAAACAGAUCGGAGGUAAAAACCAACAGUAUGACAGUAAGUGGUACAUCCCGCUGACUGAGCUGACCUUCCAGGGCCCGGAGGAGACCGAGCCACUUACCAUCCCCCAAGUCCCCGAUGAAGAGCUCGAUGCUAUGAAGGUCAAGAUCUCACACCUCCGCAGUGAGAUCCAGAGAGAGAAGAGAGCCAACAAGGGUUCAAAAGUCAUCGACCGUCUCAGGAAGAAGCUUUCUGAGCAGGAGUCUCUGCUCCUGUUAACAUCUCCGAGCAUGCCUCUCAGAGUCUACAACAAGAAUGGCAAGAGUUACAGUUUCCUGAUUUCGUCUGACUAUGAACGUGCAGAGUGGAGGGAGGUCAUCAAGGAACAGCAGAAGAAAUGUUUCAAAACCUCCUCCUUGACUUCCAUGGAGCUGCAAAUGUUGACCAGCUCCUGUGUCAAACUGCAGACUGUCCACCACAUUCCACUUAGCAUCAAUAAAGAAGAGGAUGAAUCCCCCGGUCUCAACGGGUUCCUGAAUGUAAUCGUCCACUCUGCCUCCGGCCUCAAACAGAGCUUGAAUCUCUACUGCACAUUGGAGGUGGAUUCCUUUGGCUUCUUUUCAAGUAAAGCUAAGACGAGAGUGUAUCGAUACACAACUGAACCCAAAUGGAAUGAGGAGUUUGAGAUCGAUCUGGAGGGCUCUCAGACCCUGAGGCUGCUCUGCUACGAGAAGAGUUACAACAAAACCAAGCAGAACAAAGAGGAUGGAGAGAGCACAGACCGCAUCAUGGGGAAAGGACAGAUCCCGCUUGACCCUCAGACUCUCCAAGGCAAAGACUGGCAGAGAACAGUUAUUCCCAUGAACGGGAUCGAGGUUAAACUUUCCAUGAAGUUCACUAGCCGAGAGUUCAGCCUGAAGAGGAUGCCCUCACGGAAACCAAUGGGUGUGUUUGGAGUCAAGAUCUCCACAGUAACCAAGCGAGAGCGCUCCAAGGUUCCCUACAUUGUCCGGCAGUGCCUAGAGGAGAUUGAAAGGAGGGGUAUGGAGGAGGUGGGCAUCUACCGAGUAUCGGGAGUCGCCACUGACAUUCAGGCGUUGAAGACCGCCUUUGACACCAAUCAUAAAGAUGUGUCAGUGAUGAUGAGUGAGAUGGACGUCAAUGCCAUCGCUGGGACCUUGAAGCUGUACUUCAGAGAGCUGCCAGAACCACUCUUCACUGAUGAGCUCUACCCCAAUUUUGCAGGUGGCAUCACCCUGUCUGAUAGUGUUGCCAAAGAGAGCUGUAUGUUGAACUUACUGCUGUCGCUGCCAGAACCCAACCUGGUCACAUUCCUUUUCCUUUUGGAUCACCUGAAGAGGGUGGCAGAGAAAGAAAGUAUCAACAAGAUGUCUCUCCACAAUCUGGCAACGGUGUUUGGGCCGACCUUGCUGAGGCCUUCCGAGAAGGACAGCAAGAUCCCCGCUAACCCCACCCAACCCAUCAGCAUGGGGGACAGCUGGUCCCUGGAAGUUAUGGCACAGGUCCAGGUGUUGCUGUAUUUCCUCCAGCUGGAGACGAUCCCCACCCCAGACAGUAAACGACAGAGCAUCCUCUUCUCCACUGAAGUAUAGAGUUAACAUUGACUCUGCCGACCUGAGACUUUGACUGUGAAAGAGUGAAAAAGACACGGACUGUGGCUCAAAGUGAGCCUAUAGUAGUAUGUUUUUGAAUUGACUGACCAGAUUCCAUUAGGAUCUUGCAGCUGGAAAGGAUUGUCUCGGGCGAUGCCUGCGCCCCCUCAAACACAAAAGGGCACCAUUGGGCCUCUGAAGCUCAGAGGAUGUGAGGUCCUUGCUGUUCAUAUCUCUCAUUACCUGAUAUUUAGUCUAAUUCCUUGUACCUUCAGUGAUGAUGCGGGUACGUCUGCCAUCUACAUAUUCCACCUUGCCCUGUGUUGGUCUUAACACUGAACCUUUACCGUUGUGGUUCAUAAAUCAAGAAAUUAUCAAGAUCAGUCCAUAAGAGAAUGAAAUCUGUUUUUCUUCAUUCUUGAAUUAGUUUGCCAACAAAUUGGGAAUUUCCAUGUACCUUUUCUGUUUGGGCAUUGUUUCUCUGUCUGUGUUUGUUUUGGACAAUCAUCUGCUUAAGACUCUUGUAAAAUAUGUUUAUCCAUCUCAAAACAUUGCUUCAUGUCCUGCUGAGGAAAAUUCUAACCGUGUCUUACAUGAUCUCAGUGCGUUUCUGAGAAGAAGAGGAGUCAUUUGUGCUGUUUGUUUGUGGGAGUUGAACAUCCAGAGCUGCCAUGAUACUGGCUUUUUUUCUUUGUGUCAGGAAGCCAACACCUGUAUGUUAAAGUGUUUACAACGUAAACAAACCCCGGUUGGAGUCAGAGACAAACGCUACUGCUCGAGGAGGAACUGUAAGAUUAAAAAAAAAGGAACCGGAUGAUUAGUAAUACACUUCAUUCUGACUUCUUGCGUUUUUUCCAGUCAUAAAAGCAAAUUUCCUCUAUUUGUGUUGUUUGUGUCUUCAGCUUAAAUAUCCAGGAAGCAAUAUAUUUUCUAACAUAGGAAUUGUCUGUGUUUAUAUCUUUGCUGACGACAUGUCCUUCUUAUUGUAACAUAGGACAUCUUGCCAAAUUAAUAUGUCGUUUGUUUGUUUUUGAGAGAAAAGGAAGCAGUUGUAUUUACAGCUACAGUAUGUACAUAAUCUUAAAGUUGUAUUUUUUUCUUUUGGUUUAACAUUAUAAUCAUUGUUGCUAUUAUUGUAAUUUAUUUUGGGGGCCUGGUGGGGAGAAAUUGGUUUGUUUUUCUAUGUGUAUUUUUUCUGUUUGCAUAAGAAAGUGGUAGGUCUUAGCCUUGACUUCGAGUCCUGCAGUAAAUAAGCAGGAUUUAGCCUUGUUCUACUCAGCUGUUCUGUCCGGCCUAUCAAUUAUUCAUUUAGAUAUUAUUAUGAAGGUAACACACACAUUGUAGUUACAUACUGUAUGCUGCUGUGGAAAAGGCACAAGCUCUUUAAAUGAUGGGUGUUCCUCAGCAGAGCGUCUCAUAUCCAGAGACCACCGCCUGUCUAGUGUAGACAUUAUGCAAUGUCAUAAUACAGCACACACACACACACACACACACACACACACACUCAUGACAGUGUCUCUUUUUGUACCAUUUAAUCUGUGGCUGCAGAAGUGCACUCAUGCAAUGUAAGAACUACUGUAUUACAAUUCAAGUGACCUGAGCAUUCAGCAUGUAUGUCUAUUGAAGAGCAUAUCUGUUGGUUUUAAUGAAGGAAUAUUAUUUUGUUUCAUCUUCUCCUGAUACGUCUUUGUCCUUUUAACUGUGGUGUCCAACUCAAUGGCCGAUUUAAAGGAAAGCUCUUAAUAUUUUGUUGAUAGUAGAAUUACAUAUUUCUCAUUUAAAUUUUUGUGUUCUUGAUUUAACAUGCAGGCAUGUUUUAUUGAUUUUUCUUUUUGGUCUUGUUAUUGCUGCCUUGUUCACAAAUAUGUCAUCAUAGACUUUGGGAUGUUGUUAACUUGUGUGUAUCUGGUUUACAUUAUUACAGCACGUCCUUAUCUGGCCAAUUUAAAGGAUAGGUUCACAAUUUUUUCAAGUCUGUCUCAAAACUAAUAGUCGGGGGUUCCCACAUGAACAUUGAAACAGGUUUAGCUUGGUGUAAUCAUUCACUCAUGUUCAUACUGGCCAAAAGAUGCCUUCCUAACAUGCUUUCAAUGGAAGUGAUGGGAAACAAAAUCCACAGUGCUUUUUCUGUGCAAAAUAGAACCAAAUUUCCUCUUUUUGUUACCCUUCACCACAGCUCAGCGCGAAAACACCGUCCGGGGAAACAAAAGAGGGAAUUCAGAUAAACUUUUGGAUACUUUGCACAGAAUCAGGACUUAUGUCCCCAUCACUUACAUUGAAAGUGCUUUAGGAAGGGAUCUUUUAAUCACCAGUAUUAACAGGAAGAAUGAUUGCAACAGGCAAAACCUGUUUCAGUGUUCACAUUGGCACCUGGCUAUUGUUUAAAGGCAGACUUGUGAACCCAUCCUUUAAGGAUAAAUAUCAAGGUUGGUUUCCCAUAUAUAUCUUAGGUAUAAAACUAUAACCAAUUGACCAGUUUAGUGGAUCUGAUAAGGGCUUGUGUGUGGUUGUGUCCAUGUUUAAGAUAACACAGGGGGACAUAUAUGAGUAAAUGUUAUUAAUAACAAAUGUUAAGUUUUCAACAUAAAUGUCUUUAAAGCAAGAGGAGUCUUUUCUUUUGGAUAAAUAUCAACUCUCAAACAUGUUAAGACAUAUACACUCACUUUACACGUGGUAAUAUAGAUAAAACACCACCAUUGUAUCAACCACAUAAAUAACAAAGUCGAGAUUUGAUUCUGAAAGUGUUCAUACCUUCAUUUUUUUUUUUUUAGUGCCAUUAUGAAAUUCCGCUAAUUCUGGCCUACUGUAGCAUGCACCCAUUGUUUCAUCAUCUGUAUUUUACGAUGUGAGACAGGGAAUAAAUCCACCAUUCAUUCAUUCAUUCAUUCAUCCUGAUUGCCUACACUACUCUACCCUAUCGUACCUCAACACUUUUUUUGUUUAGCGCCUGUGGUACUCUAAACGUUAGUGGAAACGCUGACAGUGGAAGCGUUGUUCAGUCUCCUGUUGCCUUUGCUGAGGACAGCCACACACCUUUCAUCUCUUAUAGACUAAGACAGGACCUUAAACUUAAGCAUGGUCUUAGCUCAUACUGUACGAGCCCGUUCUACUUGCCACCUUCAUCUGACUGUGAUGCUGUAAUUCAAACCAUGUUAAAGUCAAUCUUAAUGGAGCAAAGGACAGAAUUUCUUGCCUGUGUCCUUGUUUUAGCUCUUCAACUCCUUUACUGACUUUUAUUCUUAUUUAUCCAUGCUUUGCCUCUGUUUUGGUAUAUUUGGUCUACUGGAGCUAUUUAUUUAUGAUAUAAUAUCAUCUAAAGCUAAAUUAAUGUUUUGAAAAUGGUCUUUAUAUGGUGUGCUUUCUUAGGGAAAAUGUGAGUCUUAUGUUACAGUCUGUUUAUCGACCAUCCUGUUGAAGUUACAACUGUUUGUCACCCAGAAUCACACCCCUGUGUACAACUGCAAACAUCUUUUAACCCCCUACUCCUGCAUUGUUGGCUCAUCUCUGUAGUUACUUAUGUUGUAUAGCAGACUGGCCACUGUGAUUGUUUAGCCAACUGAUUAAGAUAACUGAAAAGCAGGUGAAGGUUCUCGUCAAUUCAGAAGGUAGAUUUUGUGAGUUUACAUAUCUCAAACUUCUCUUACUUGUGUAUAAUAUGUAUUAUACUAGAGAGUACAUUAUUUGGCUUCUGUUUAAUUUAUUGUGGCGUCCACUGACGUAUGAUCGUUAAGGAUUGAGCUGGCACACCUCUAGUCUCAUUGAAAAAAGCCAAGCUGUCGGUAUGUGGUAGAGGAGAAAAGAGUCUUAUAUUGCUCUAAAAUCCACAUUGUUUUGGUCUGUUUAUUGUCAGUGUAACUGCAUGUACCCUCCAUAACCUCAGUCCCUUAGUUCUGUACAUGAAAAAGUAAAUACAACAAAAAAGGUUUAAUUUUUCUGUGGAAUAGCCUGAAGAUAUGGAACAUAUUGCUCUAUAUGAAAGUUACAAAUCUCUUCCAUUUAUUGUACAUGACCCUGGUAAUUAUCACUACAUUUCCAUUCCAUAAUUAAUACUUUCAAAUGACCCUCUGCUGCCGCCUCUAUGACAUCAAGCUGACAUUAAAUUAGACUACUUUAACCUUUGGAAAAAAUGCUAGUUUUGUUUUAUUCCACCUACAACGUAAAGCUGAGGGUGAGACUUGCUGACCAACCACGAACAAUUUCUCUUUUUACCUUCCUCAGUUUUUUGACUCUUGUUCCUGUUCAAUAUUCAAUGUUCUGCUUGUAGAACUGUAAAAAGGAAUACUGUAUUCUGAGGGCAAACAUGUUUGGAAGGCAUUUGCAGCCUAUGUUUGUACACAAAAAUGGUAAAUAAAAUCUCCUUGUAUCUACAAAGAA